AGAUAUAUAAAUCUCUCUGCCAUUUAAAUCUCCAGAGAAUGAAUGGCUGAAAAUCCAAAUGCCAAGUCUUAGGAGCACGCUACUACACUUGCUCGAGGAGUUCAAGAACAUUAGAGAGCUUAAGAAAAUUCAUACCCAAAUCAUAAAGUCUCCAUUUUUAUCCACAGAUGACCAAGCUUUCCUCAUUACCCGUCUCCUAUUCUUCUCCGCCAUUUCUGAUUCUGAUUCGGGUUCUCACAGAUACGCUGCCCAUGUCUUUCGGGCCAUAAAGGAUCCGAAUCUCUACGUCUAUAACGUCAUGAUCAGAGCAUAUGUGUGUACAAAGGAUGAAACUCUUUCUUCGUUUGGGUCCUUGUUGCUGUAUAAGCAAAUGCUCUGCGAUGGCAUUUCCCCUAAUUGUCUCACUUUUCCGUUCCUUGUAAAAGAAUGCACGAGUAGGUUUGAUGGCGGCACAGGCCGGAGUUUCCAUGCACAAGUCGUUAAGUAUGGGCUGGACAAUGAUGUUUUUGUUCAAAAUUCGUUGAUUGGUAUGUACUCUGCAUGUGGGUUUCUGAAUAGUGCACGUACAUUGUUUGAUGAAAUGUUGGAAAGGGAUGUUGUUUCUUGGAACUCGAUGAUAAAGGGGUAUUUGAGAAGUGGGAAUCUUGAUGUGGCAUUGAAUCUGUUUGGGAAGAUGAACAAGAGAAACAUCAUUACUUGGAAUUCCAUGAUUACUGGGUUUGUUCAAGGUGGUCGGCCAAAGGAGGCCUUGGAACUUUUCCAUGAAAUGCAGAUCACUAGUGGUGAUAUGGUUAAACCGGAUAAGAUCACAAUUGCCAGUGUCCUUGCAGCUUGUGCUCAUCUUGGUGCAAUUGAUCAUGGGAUAUGGGUGCAUGCGUACCUGAGGAGAAGUGGCCUGGAGAGUGAUGUGGUUAUUGGGACAGCUCUGGUUGACAUGUACGGUAAGUGUGGAUGUGUGGACAAAGCGUAUGAGGUCUUUCAGGAAAUGCUCAACAAGGAUACUUUGGCAUGGACAGCUAUGAUUUCAGUGUUGGCUCUCCAUGGGUUUGGAAAUGAGGCUUUUGACAUUUUUAAACAGAUGGAAACAACUGGGGUGAAGCCAAACCAUGUGACAUUUGUCGGGCUAUUGUCAGCUUGUGCUCAUUCUGGUUUAGUAGAGAAAGGUCGCUGGUGUUUUAAUGUGAUGAAGUGUGUUUACUUAAUUGAACCGCAGCUCUAUCACUAUGCAUGCAUGGUUGAUAUUCUUAGUCGUGCCGGGCUGAUUGAAGAGGCAGAACGGUUUAUAAGAAGCAUGCCAAUGAAGCCAGAUGCAUUUGUUUGGGGUGCAUUACUCGGAGGCUGUCAAAUACAUGGAAAGGUCGAGUUAGGAGAAAGGCUGGCGCAGUAUUUAAUUGGUUUGGAACCUCUGAACCAUGCUUUUUAUGUUAACUUGUGUGAUAUAUAUGCCAAAGCUAAUAGAUUUGAUGAUGUAAAGAGAAUCAAAUCCUUAAUGAAAGAAAGAGGGAUAAAAAAGGAAGUCCCAGGCUCUAGCAUGAUUGAAAUUGAUGGGGUUGUUCUUGAAUUUUCUGUGAGAGGAUCACCAGAUGUUGUAAUGGAGGAAGUAUUGUUGGUCUUGUAUCAGUUGAGCCAAAGGGGGCCUUGGACUGUUAAGUUUAUGAUUGAAUAGCGGUUACUGGUAGCUUUCAAAAUCUAUCUAAAUAUUGUCUAGAGAUCCGCACAUAUGAAAGAAUAAAUCAAAGAAGUGGGGUGCAACUAGAGGACUUCCGAGAAGGUCACUCUUCCUAGUAGGCUAGCACACUCUCGCCUAAAGGAAUGGUUCCCUCUUGAAAUUCUGAUUAUCAAAUUGCUGUGCAAAUGCUAAUUUCAGUGUAAGAUCUCACAUCAACCAACGGAGAGGGGGUGAUGUGCCUUACUGAUGGAUUGGCAGAGAAGGAAAUUGCCUUGCUGAUAGAUUGGCAGCUCUAGGCUUGCAACUGGAGAGGGGAUGCAGAAUUUGGGAUAGUAUGCCGGAAGGGCUUGGGCUUUUUUUCUUGGAGGAUUUGAGCGGGGUUUCAAGCCUCUCUCUCUCUCUCUCUCUCUCUCUAUCUAUAUAUAUAGCUUCUGUUAAAUCACACACACACCAAAAAAAAAAAAAACAGGUGUUUCUUUUCUUCCUCAUCCCCAUGGGUGCAAUGGAUUUUCUUUCCACUCCGAUACCUCCCAUAGCAAUAAGUUUAGUAGUAACUAGCAAGGGCGCCCGCGCGAUGCUGCGGGUUUUGAAAUUGCGUCAAAUGUGUAUAAAAUCGUUAAAAUAUGUAAGAAACAUGGCUUUGUUUAUAUGUAUAUUGAGAUCUAAAUAGUGGCAUCAUGCUUAGUUUAGUA